CUAUUGAGCUGUACAAGUGAGCUUUAGUGAAACUUACAAGUUUAAGUAAGUUUAAGUUUGCUUAUAAUAAUGCUCGCUUUAUCCGCAAUCCAAAAUUUUCCGACCAAGCUAAUCAACCCUUUCAAAUCCGUGGUUCUAGACGACGGGUUUUCAAGGUUUAAUCGAAUUUAUUUGUUUUUCAUCUGCCUUCUUGCUGGUGCGUUCAUCAACCUUGCUGAUUAUUCAGGUCACAAGGUAAAGUGCCACGGUUUUCAAAUCUUCCCAGAGAACUUUGCUGACGAGUACUGCUGGGUACAGGGUAUGUACGUGAUAAAGGAAGCGUUUGAUCUCCCUCAAGAUAUACCGUAUCCUGGGGUUGUACCAGAGAACCUCCCUUGUCUUGAUUUCUUAAGAACGGACAAUACUGCGUACAAAUGUCCAGAGGGGGGAUCUAAACCUUUAACCAAGGUUAAGUUGCUCUGGUACCAGUGGAUCCCCCUCUACUUCUUCUUGUGCGCAGCCGUGUUUGUUCUACCUUACAUCAUCUACCAACAAUCUGAAAUAGGAGCCAUCAAACCGAUAUGUAAAUUAUUAGCAAGCUCCAUGGAUGAUGAUGAGGAAGAGAAGAUAAAAAUUGACAGAGCUAGUUUGUGGCUUUCAAAGAGGAUGACGGGAUAUAUCAAAGCUAAAGGUCCUAUAGAGUUUUUAUUCGUGAAACACAGGAUGUUUGCUGAGGUGGUGUUUAACAAAGUCUUAAACUUGGUGGUAGUCAUUCUGGUCCUGUACGGAACAAACAAGAUAUUCCAGGUGUCCUCCUUUGCUUCAUACGGGGUUGACUGGAUAAGGUACAUGUCAUCAACUGAUAACACAGGUGUGGAUAGUCCGCAAGAUAAGCUGUUUCCUAAAAUGGCGUCCUGCGAGGUGGAGGUCUGGGGAACUACUGGCAUUGUCAACGAAGCAGGGAUGUGUGUGCUGGCCCCGAAUGUAAUAAUCUCCUACUUCUUUCUGAUAUUCUGGUUCCUCCUCUACAUCUCCCUCAUUGGAAACGCUGUAUCCCUCUUUUUCUCUACCUCCACUUACUUCUUUACUGCCGCACGAUGGAGAGCAUUUGUAACCUCAACGUUUAUGGUCACAACUAAUGAGGGGAAAUGGCUCUUCAUGAACUCAGGUAUGAGCGGACAGAUAACAUUAGAACUGCUUGCUAGUAACAUUCCCCACCACACAUUUGAGAAUCUGUUUAAAAGGGUUUGUGAGACAGUGGUGUUGGUACAAAACCAGGAGGUACUGGACCAAGUCUACAAAAGAAAAAGUUACAAGAAGAGUGAGAAGGCAACCUUUAGAGCUUGACCCAGGACUGCUUCUUGAAGGCAACCUCUAGAGCUUGACCCAGGACUGCUUUUUGAAGGCAACCUCUAGAGCUUGACCCAGGACUGCUUCUUGAAGGCAACCUCUAGAGCUUGACCCAGGACUGCUUCUUGAAGGCAACCUCUAGAGCUUGACCCAGGACUGCUUCUUGAAGGCAACCUCUAGAGCUUGACCCAGGACUGCUUCUUGAAGGCAACCUCUAGAGCUUGACCCAGGACUGCUUCUUGAAGGCAACCUCUAGAGCUUGACCCAGGACUGCUUCUUGAAGGCAACCUCUAGAGCUUGACCCAGGACUGCUUCUUGAAGGCAACCUCUAGAGCUUGACCCAGGACUGCUUCUUGAAGGCAACCUCUAGAGCUUGACCCAGGACUGCUUCUUGAAGGCAACCUCUAGAGCUUGACCCAGGACUGCUUCUUGAAGGCAACCUCUAGAGCUUGACCCAGGACUGCUUCUUGAAGGCAACCUCUAGAGCUUGACCCAGGACUGCUUCUUGAGGGCAACCUCUAGAGCUUGACCCAGGACUGCUUCUUGAAGGCAACCUCUAGAGCUUGACCCAGGACUGCUGCUUGAAGGCAACCUCUAGAGCUUAACCCAGGACUGCUUCUUGAAGGCAACCUCUAGAGCUUAACCCAGGACUGCUUCUUGAAGGCAACCUCUAGAGCUUGACCCAGGACUGCUCCUUGAAGGCAACCUCUAGAGCUUGACCCAGGACUGCUUCUUGAAGACAACCUCUAGAGCUUGACCCAGGACUGCUUCUUGAAGGCAACCUCUAGAGCUUAACCCAGGACUGCUUCUUGAAGGCAACCUCUAGAGCUUGACCCAGGACUGCUUCUUGAAGGCAACCUCUAGAGCUUGACCCAGGACUGCUUCUUGAAGGCAACCUCUAGAGCUUAACCCAGGACUGCUUCUUGAAGGCAACCUCUAGAGCUUGACCCAGGACUGCUUCUUGAAGGCAACCUCUAGAGCUUGACCCAGGACUGCUUCUUGAAGGCAACCUCUAGAGCUUAACCCAGGACUGCUUCUUGAAGGCAACCUCUAGAGCUUGACCCAGGACUGCUUCUUGAAGGCAACCUCUAGAGCUUGACCCAGGACUGCUUCUUGAAGGCAACCUCUAGAGCUUGACCCAGGACUGCUUCUUGAAGGCAACCUCUAGAGCUUGACCCAGGACUGCUUCUUGAAGGCAACCUCUAGAGCUUCACCCAGGACUGCUUCUUGAAAGCAACCUCUAGAGCUUGACCCAGGACUGCUUCUUGAAGGCAACCUCUAGAGCUUCACCCAGGACUGCUGCUUGAAGGCAACCUCUAGAGCUUGACCCAGGACUGCUGCUUGAAGGCAACCUCUAGAGCUUAACCCAGGACUGCUGCUUGAAGGCAACCUCUAGAGCUUGACCCAGGACUGCUGCUUGAAGGCAACCUCUAGAGCUUGACCCAGGACUGCUGCUUGAAGGCAACCUCUAGAGCUUGACCCAGGACUGCUUCUUGAAGGCAAUCUCUAGAGCUUGACCCAGGACUGCUUCUUGAUGUUGUCUAGUGUGGGUUUCUUUUUUGUUUUAGGACACUUUGUAACAUUGUGAGAAAUAACAUUAGGUACUCAUAUUCAAAGCUUGUGUUUUUUCCGUAAAUUGGGCUGAUAUCAUCAUAAAUACAUCAAAACCUGUUGAAGUACAAAUAUUAAAAAUAUUCUCGAUUAUUUAUUGUUUUAUGUGAUCUGCAGAUUAUGGUAUUUAAAAAUCUUUUCUUCUUGU